AUGCCCGAAAUUAUGGUGAAGAACGGAUUCAUUUUUAUAAAGAAUAUCUCUACUCAUGAACUAAAGAAAUUCAAAUCCACCGACCUGGCUAUCAAACUGGGAUGGUCCUACAUAGGCUGGCAUGGGACACCCAUAAAGAACAUGCUAACAACUAAUGAGCUGAGAAAUUUUGAGGUUAACCAGGAUGUCUACGGCUCAUUAAGACUGGAGGAAUUUAUCGGUUGUGAGAAAUCCGUUGAACUGAAUGAGGAGGAUCAAUUCAUGGAAGAAAACGUGCAGCUGAACGAGCUGACUUGUCCACAAUAA